AAGCAGUAAGUAAAGCUAUAGUUCAGUAUACAGGCAACAAGCGGCAAGAAUACAGCUAACUAGCUGUACUGUGCCUAUUUAUUUAUUUAUCAAAAUGAUUGGAAAGGUUCAGAACCAGGACAGUUUCCUUAGUCUGAGGAUUCGUAUCGACAACGAUUACGAGCCAAACCAGUUCGGAUACAGUGCUCCCUCUUCUCCCGGAGAAUCCCUGUUGCCCCGGGAUUGCCAGGAGAUGAGGUUGAACACUCCCCGGUCUGGUGUCCAGACUCCCACCCAGCAGCAAGAUCAGCAGCAGGCCAGUACUAGAUAUAAGACGGAGAUGUGCCGACCCUACCAGGAACACGGAGCCUGCAAGUACGGAGAUAAGUGUCAGUUUGCGCACGGACAUGAAGAACUUCGCUCCGUCAACAGGCAUCCAAAAUACAAGACCGAAGUGUGCCGAACCUAUCAUAGCGCUGGGUUCUGUCCCUACGGACCCCGUUGUCACUUUAUCCACGCCAUGGACGAGCUACGACCUAACCCACCCACUCCAGAGAAAAAGUCGAACUCGACGGUUAAGCAGCUGCCCAUGUUCGGCGGUUCGAACUCCUCCACCUGGUCCUACCCCGACACAAGCAACGACAUGAAGCAGGCCGUCAACCAACUCAGCAACUUCUUUAACAUUUCCCUCGGAGGCAGGAACAACCUAAACUCUUCCGGCUCCUCCGAAUCCUCCCGCAGCGGAUCCUUCUGCUCCGACCUGGACUCUCCGACGUCGACAUCCCCUCCCCCAGCCUCCUACUCCUCCUCUCCACUUGAUGUAUCCCGCUCUCUUCGUCUUCCAAUCUUCAACAAGCUGGCCUGAAUUUGUCUAAAUAUAAAGUAAAAUUGCUAAGAACCUACGUUGUCGAAAGGCUUUGGAUUUGUUGAUGAAACGAUUCUUGAAGCAGUUGAUUAGCGAUUCUACUAGCAGUUGACUUUGUUCACUUCUCCCCAACCCAAUUCCCUCCAAAACCUGCAUUAUAUCAACACCCUGCCCCUAGGACCCUUGGAACCCCUGGAGGCAUUUAACCGAGUGACUGUUUAAGAUGAAUAUAUGAGUAUUACGUGCAGAAAGAUUGAUUUAGUCACAUAAAUUCCUAGCAACGCUGUCCGGCGUGUGUUUAUAUUUAUCCUAUACACUAUUUAUUUCUCUCCGACAUUAUGUAUGUGAGGUACAAGUAUUUAUUAAUAAAUGCAGGAUAAAGCCCCCCCAGA